AUGUCCAACACAAUCCUAAAGCUCACAACAAUUCUCAUUCUGCUCAUUUUUUCGACCCUGCAUAAUUCUCAUUCUGCUUCUUCAACUGACGUAGAUCAAGAUCAUGACAUAAAUGAGGAGGAAGAAGAAGAGUACGUUCUUGACACCCCAGUACCCCAUCUGGGACCAAGAAGCAGAUUUUUGGCCACCAUAAUAAGGAAAGGAAGACAGUGUAAUCGCGAGACUUAUAACAUCUGCAAUGGGGUCCGAGCAAACAAGGGGAGGGACCUACUUUUCUGCUGCAAGAAGCACUGUCGCAAUGUUCAUAGUGACAAGAACAACUGUGGGGCGUGUGGCCACAAGUGCAAGGAAGGAGAAAGAUGCUGUAGUGGAGUUUGUACCAAUGUUUUGUCCAAUGCCAAUCACUGUGGCAAGUGCAACAAGAAGUGUUCACCUGGUGAUUCAUGUGGGAAUGGAUUUUGUGGGUAUGCAUGA